GCCACCUGAGCAGGUGUGAGUGGGUGGAGCCUCCGUCUGUCUGUCACAGAUUUGCGGUGAUGGCGGCGGAGGAGCGCGACAGGAUUCCUGUGAUUACAGCCCUCUCCAGCAAAGCUGUACAGGAGUACGAAGGCCUACAGAGGAAGCACCAAACAGCAGCCAUAGAGUGCAAGCAGCUGGAGGAGGAGCGAGAUGAGGCCCUCAAGAAGCUCAGCGAGUUCCAACAGGUUUCUCAUAUGGUCAUUGAAGAAGUCACGGCCAUUCAAGAAAGCCUGGAAAUUGAGAGGACAUGUCGAGAAAGUGCAGAAGCCCUGGCCUCCAAGCUGAAUCAACAGAAUUGCUCUCUGAAGAGGAAGAGCAUGCUGCUGCUGUCACACCUCAGCCCAGAGACCAUCGCUGAGAUCAACCUCAAGGAUGAAGACAGGGAGGAAGAGGAUGAAGAUGUACAUACACUUAACAAAAUUUGCUUGUCACCUGACAGCAGGAACAUGAUCUCAGAACUGCAAAAUAAAUUGGAGUUGACACAAAAGGAGAAAAAUCUAACUGUGUCUGAACUACAAGCAGUAAAAGAGCAAUUGAAGCAAACCACUGAAGAACUGCUGAAAGAGAAAAACAACAACAUGGAUUUAUUUACAGAGGUGAAGCAACUAAAGAAGGUCUUGAGGAAAUAUAGCCAAGUCUCUCAGUUUGCAGUUGAAGAAUAUAACACCUUGCAAGACACCUUGGAACUGGAACGAGAUCUGAGGACAGAGGCAGAAAACUUUGCCAGAGAGAUGGUGGUAGAGCAAAGGGAGAUGAAAAGACAGAGUCAGAUCCUGAUGCAGAACUACUCUCCGAGCCAAGCCCUACAGGAAGCCCUCAACCAAGUUGCCAAACUCACCCAAGAUCUGGAAACAGAGAGGCUGGAGCACCAGCACCAGGUGAAGCAGAUGGAUGAGAAGCUGAGCAGCUGUGAAGCUCAGAAGGAGCUGACAGCAUUGAUACACAAAUUGGAGCUUAUGGAAUUCGAGAACCAGUACUACAUGGAGAGCCUUUCCAAGUCUGAAGAAAAGGUCAAAGAUCUGCAUUUCACUGUGGAAGAACUCAAUCAGAAGCUGCAGACAGCCACCAACCCACCCCCUGCUCCUCCUCCUCCUCCGCCACCACCUCCACCUCUUCCAACUCCAGAGUCAUCCUCCAACCCUCUCAGUGCCCUCCUUUUGUUGAUCCGAAAAAAGAGAAACAUCAGCGUUGACAUCCCACUUGUGGACCAAGACACCAAAUCAACAGACAUAAACAUAAGGCAGCAGGCUGUGGAGGAAAUGAUGCAGAGGAUCAAGAAAGGAGUUCAGCUUCGACCGAUCAGCCAGUCUCGCAUCAGAACCAGACAGGUGAAGCAGCUGCCACCUAAUUCUGCCAUUGAGGAACUUAAAGGAAUUAUGGAAAAUUUCAAUAGAAACUCCUCCAAACUAAAGCCAAAGAGUCCUUCAGCAAGCUGCGAUGACGAGCUACAGAGGAUCCUGCUGAGGCGGCGGGAUGCAGUGGAGUCCCAACACAACGCCAGUCUCACUGCCAUCGUAUCUCCACCAGUGUGAAGGAAGGACGUCAGAGUGCUCGUGGACUGGCCAGGAUGACCUAUCAUUUUAGCAUGUGUAGAAUUUUUGGGAUUAAUCUUUGUCAUCAGAAGAUGGCCAGAGAUUGUUGGUUCACAUUCAUGUCCAUUUUCUACAAGGAUCAUAAAUGAUUUGAAUUUGACCAAAAUCAAUGUGCUUUCUUAAGGAUUUAUUCUUUAUUUUUCAUGCUUUUAUUUAAUGAUUUCUUCUGACAACAAAGAAUGGUCAUCUGGGUUUUAGAGCCUUGAGGGUUUUUUGUUUGUUUUUUUCAGAGAGAAUUACAUCUUGAAAUUGUUAUUUCUAGACUGGGAUUUAACCCUGUAACCUCCUGGUUAGCAAUUACACACUGCAAUGUAGAUUUGCUUACUGUUGUCCCCUUAGGGUAGUAUCUCAUUGGGCUGCGGCUCGUGGAGAGUAGGCGGAGACCAGAAAUUGCACCAGAACAGAUGACAUCUUUUACAUGUGGCAUGUCACUGAAUUGGUCUGUAAUAAUCAAUAAAUAUUAAUUAAUAAUAAAUAAUAAUAAAAAAAUACAAGAAGGAAAUUGGACAGCUAGCCACUCGCGGACGUGUGAAUAGCCGGGCCGCGCAUCAAACUUCAUGGUCAGGCAGGACAUGUGGGCUCUGUGAUCCUUUGGAAGCACUCCGAUAAAAAUAAAAUAAAAUAAUGAACCCGGGGCGCUGGUGUUGUCCGCAUCCCCCACACACUCUGUCCAUGCCUGCACAAAGAAUCCAAGCCUUAAAUGUAUUUCUGAGGUCGUUAAUAAAAAUAAAAGAAUGAAGCCAGAGCGCUGGUGUUGUCCUGAUCCGCUGCACAGGUGACAUCCAGCACACUGUCCAUGCGUGCACGGGGGGGCCAUCGCCAGCAGCAUUAAACUUGUUUCCACUGCUGUCCUCAGCAAGAAAUAGAGGAAAACACAAUAAAUCCAGUUCAGUUCAUGGACAGACAGGACGUGUCCAGCCUGCUGACGCAUGUGCACGGCAGGUGGGUGCCAGUCAGAUUGCAGAGCUCGGUGACUGGAAGAUGCUGGAUUUGUUCGGCCGUUUAAAGAGGUACUGUUCCUCUUUGAUCAUAUACGGGUUCUUUUAGAAAAGUAUCUGACCUUUUUAUUUUUUGCAAUAACCUUAUGGAUUUGAAUCACGUGUGAUUGCAUCAGCCAAGCUUGAACCUUCGUGCUGAUGCGUGAGUUUUU